AUGAAAAGAAAAUAUGACCAGAACUAUCGUACCGAGUGGGAGAAGGAUCCAGUGUUUUCAUUUUGGUUAUCAAGAUCCAAAGAUGACAGCAAUGCCGCUUUUUGUAAAGCAUGUAAUAUGAAAUUAGUUUCACGACUAUCUGUUCUGAAAGAUCACUCAAACUCUGUGAAACACUCAGUUUAUGGAUACUUUGCUUAUAGUAGCAAACGCCAGCGUGAAUUCCGAGAAUUCCAAAAUUUUCUUAAUUCUGAAAACCAUAAAAUUCUCCAGCAUUACGAUAUACGUUGGUUAUCACUUCAUGCAUGCGCCAACAGAGUUAUUGAACAAUGGAAUCCACUGCAACUUUAUUUCCGUGCAGAAUAUCUGGAAGAUAAAAAUAUAUCAGCUGAAUUUUUAGCUCAAAAUUUUGAAAAUGAUAUUAUCAAACUCUACUUUUAUGCCCUAGACUAUAUUUUACCUAUCCCAAAUAAAAUGAAUGUUAUUUUCCAAGGCGAGUACUCCACAGUGCAAAGAGUAUACAAAGAUUCGGCAGAUAUGCUUGUACUUCUUUUAAGUUGUUACAUGAAUAUAGGUUAUUUGAGAAGCACACACACUUCCGAAUUGGAUCCGACAUCAUCUGUAAAUUUUUUGCCUCUAUCAGAAAUAUACCUUGGAGUGCACGUAACGAAACUAAUUGAAUCAUUAGCUCAAGAUGUAAGACAAAAAACAGAAAUUACAACAUUCCUGCAACGAAUACAGUAUUUUUUUAUUAAACUUUGCGUUGAACUAAAGUCACGUCUACCUCUCAAUGAACUAUUUGAGCAAAUGCAAUUUCUUGAUCCACAAAACGUUGUAUACAAAGAAUUCACAAGUUUGGCCAGAAUUGUUUCUAAAUUUCCUAAUUUGGUUAAAGAAUCUGACAUACAAACAAUUGACUCCGAAUAUCGGGAGGUUAAAUUGGACAAAACAGUGGCCGAUCUGUUAGGAUCUGGAGGAAGUUCUAAUCCCACACCUAUGAGUUUGAACACAGAAAUGUUUUGGGGCCACAUUUCAAAAAUUACGAAGGCUGAUAGAACAAAGAAGUAUCCGCACUUGGUUAAUUUUGCAAAGGCUAUGAUGAUUUUGCCUCGCACUUGGUUAAUUUUGCAAAGGCUAUGAUGAUUUUGCCUAUGUCUAAUACAGCUUGUGAACGCCUAUUUUCUCAAAUGAACAAUAUAAAAACCGACUUGUGGAACAUAUUUAAAAAUGAAUAUGUUGCUGCAAUUCUACAUGUCAAACAGGCCGUUAAAGAAAAAGGUGGAUGCGUCAAUUUUACGCCAUCAAAAAAUAUGGUGAAGGCAGCACAAAGCUCGACAGUUCUAUAUAAAACAUGGACGCCACAUAAAAUUAGAAGUUAUAUUAUAAUUGGUUAAUAAAUAUUUGAAAUUAAUUAUUUGCCUUUUUUCUUCUUUUAAAUCCUGGUACAAAUGAUGACCUCAUCUAUUAGCAGAAUUUUGGAAUUAUUUACAAAAACAAAGCAGAUUUUAGCAGAAUUUAUACUAGUAACUGGCAUAAUGUUCGAUUUAAAUCUGGUCACACUGGGCGCAUCGUCCCAACCGACAGUGCAUAGAGUAACGACAGUGAUUCUCACGUCUUCACGUAGAUCGCAUGUCGCCUAUCGAUAACUUACUGAUUCCGUUAUUCUUUGUUUCCUGUAUUCGUUUUAUUUAAAUUCAGUUUCCAUCUUACUAUCUGUCUCACUAAUUAAUUCUCUGGACUAAAUCUUCGUCUGUGCUGUGCUACCUGCUUGUGCGUGUUCAAUUUAUUUUACGUAAAUAAAUAAUAAAUAUAGACCUUUGUGGUGCAAUUUAAAUUCAUAAAAACUAGCUAACCUAAAAUAACCUUUAUUAAAAUAAUAAUAAUAACAAUAUAUAUUCAUCCAUAUUUUCAAACAUUCCAUAUAUACUUAAUCAAUAUUCGUCAUAAAAAAUAUGGUUUUUGACUAUCAUUUUUAUUUAAUUCAAAGACGGAAUGUGUUAAAAUGAAAAAAAUGAAUGCAGUCGCCUACCAUAACCGAAUCUUCAAAAACUGAAAUCAAUCAACAGCUACAAAAUUAUGAAUCUGAUAAGAUGUAGUUUGAGACUAAUGAAACCGGAAGCAAUAUUUCAAUAGAAGACUAACAUUUUUUUUAAAGAAAACUGACUCCCGUACUAAUGAAGAAAAUUGAGACAAUAUUCGAGAAAAUAUCAUAGAAUUAAAUAAGGAAGAUUCCGUGUGUGGAAAAAGAAAAAGUGUGGCUACAAUUUUCUAGCCAUAAUAUACUCAGUUGUUUCCCUUGCAGAUUUAUAUUUCAGGACAGAUUGAAUGCCUCGAGGCAAGGGUCAAACGAAUACCCGGAGAAUGGACCGAUGUGUAGUGGGAUUGGAGGCAUGCAUGAGUGGUUAACCCAAGGGGGAUGGACCCCAUUAACAACAUUGCUUAUCCCUAUGGAGGUGCAACACAACAGCGUGGCCACCCUAACAGUACACGGGGAUAACCAGGUUAUCCACCGACGAAUUCUAUCUAGGAAGACUGAUGAACCUGAGAAUGUCAAAAGGUCAGUACAUAAAGUGGUUCUAGGAGAUGUUGCUGAUGUGUUUUAUGGGUUUUCAAUUAAAUAAAAGGAUAGUAUUAACAUUGGUUUAAUUGAGAGAUUAACACACUGAGAACAUAUUUAGAGCGACGACCAACAGAGUACUUCUUGUAUAGACACAGAGUAGUUAAUGUGACAGUUCACAUUACAAGAAAUGCACAGACUACGUAUAAAGGCUCAUAUUUAAAUACAACACUCUCACCAAAGGGGAAUGCCCACUCUCCAUAGUGUGCUAGGCCCAAGAUGGACAUCAAAUAUUACUAUAAAAAUGUACUGAUUCAAAUUCUUAAAUGUAUUGGAUAUCUAAAAAAUAUAUUGAAAUUGACGCCACUAUUAUAAAAAAUAUAAUAAAAUAAAAAUUCGUUUUGAGGUUAAUCUUAUAUAUAAAAUUCUCGUGUCACAGUUUUCGUUGCCAUACUCCUCCGAAACGGCUUGACCGAUUUUGAUGAAAUUUUUUGUGCUUAUCCGGUAUCUAUGAGAAUCGGCCAACAUCUAUUUUUCAUCCCCCUAAAUGUUAGGGGUAGUCCACCCCUACAUUUUUUUAUUUAUUUUUUAAACAAAAUUUUUAAUUUCUAUUUUUUUAUGAUACAACAUACAAAAAUACAUACAAUCCUCAAUUUUCACCCUUCUACGAUCAACCCUUAUUUUUUAAUAGCCAUUUUAGUAAUUUAAUCAUUUUUCCUCUCCGGUCGAAAACUGAUCAAUCGUCAUUUAAUUAGUUAUCCCCGCCAGAUGUCUACAGGUGUCACUUCUGACCCAGUAAACAGCAUGGAGUAGGGAUGUUACCUCUACAGUUUUCGGCUAUUAUUAGUGUUUAUGCUUCAAGCGUAGUAGUUAAACAUUUUUAGUUCAUCGCCUUGCAUGUCACAUGGAAAAUCUACAAAAAAAAUCCCUAAAGAUUUCACUAACGAUACAAUCACAAAUGUCGACGGAUAUCCAACAUAUCGUCGAAGGAAUCCAGAUAAUGGCGGACAAUCAUUUAUUAAUAACAUCAGCAACACAGACAUUGAUAUUGACAAUCGUUAGGUCGUGCCAUAUUCACCCCUGCUGAGCAAAACAUACAAUGCUCAUAUUAAUGUUGAGUUCUGCAGUUCUGUGAAAAGCAUCAAAUACAUUUUCAAUUAUGUCCAUAAAGGCAGUGACAUGGCGGUGCUUAGAGUGGAAAAUAUGAAUGUACCAUGGCACACCAACAUUCGCUUGAGGCGUUGAACAGGACAUUGAAAGAUAUUAAAAACAACGACAAACUAUUUGGUGGCACUCGGUUAGUCCUUUCAGGUGACUUUAGACAAACACUUCCCGUCAUUCCACGUUCAACAUACGCUGAUGAAAUCAACGCCUGCUUAAAAUCAUCGACAUUGUGGCGUAAUGUUGAAAUAGUACAGCUGAAAGUAAAUAUGCGCGUUCAAAUGCUUCAAGAUCCAUCCGCUGAAACAUUCUCAAAAAAACUCUUAAAUAUCGGCGAUGGAAAAGUCACUAUAGCUGAAACUGGAUACAUAAAAUUAGCGAAUGAUUUCUGCACUAUCAUUGAUUCGCAAGAUGCUCUCAUUGAACAAAUAUUUCCCGAUGUAAAAACGAAUUACAUAAAUCUCGAGUGGCUUGCAGAAAGAGAAAUGUUAGCUGUAAAAAAUGUGGACGUUGACAUUUUAAAUCUGAAGAUACCACAGUUAUUGCCAGGGGACUUGGUAUCAUAUAAAUCUAUUGAUACAGUUUGCGAUGACACUGAAUCUGUAAAUUUUCCAACAGAGUUUUUGAACUCACUGGAUUUGCCAGGCAUGCCACCACAUAACUUACAAUUGAAGGUUGGAUCUCCAAUUAUUUUGCUUCGUAAUUUGAACCCGCCACGGUUAUGCAAAGGUACGCGAUUAGUCAUUAAAAAAAUAAUGAAAAAAGUUAUCGAAGGCACCAUUAUAAAUGGCAAGUUUCGAGGUGAAAAUAUAUUGAUACCACGAAUACCUAUUAUACCCACAGAUGUGCCAAUUCAAUUUAAGCGUAUUCAAUUUCCGAUUAGAUUGGCAUUUGACAUGACUAUUAAUAAAUCCCAAGGCCAAACAAUGUCUGUUUGUGGCUUAGAUUUGAGCACACCAUGUUUUUCAUACGUUGCAUGCUCUCGAGUGGGUAAACCAUCAACUUUGUUUGUAUUAGCUAAAGACGGGCUAACAAAAAAUAUUGUUCACGCUGCAGCAUUAAGAGAUUAUUAUUAUGUAAUGAAUUAAUUAUAUAUAUAAUUAUUACUUUUAAUAAAUUAAAACAAUUAAUGUUUGGUGUUUUGUUAUUUUUAAACAACAUUCCCUCAUCGUUCACAGCGCUCCAGGCCUUUUUCACUCAUAUUCCACAUCCUUAUACACUUCCAAUAAGUUAGUCAUUUUUUUUCUACAUUAGAAAUUCUCUAUAAAUCUUAUAUAUGGCAAGACAACGUUUGCCGGGUCAGCUAGUUUUCUAUAUAAAUAAGUGUCGGAUUGUGAGAUACUUCAAGAACAUUUCUUUUCUUAAUGUUUAAGAUGUUCCUAAUGUAUUUUUAUCCAAUAGGGUAUAAAAAACACACUUAAUUCUUUAAAUAUCUAUAUUUUCUUCAUCUUCAUACACAAUUAGUAUCAUCUAAAAAUAGCAAAGGAGAGCAUAUAAACGGUUUUAAAUCUCGGUCAGGGUAAAACCACAAUUCGCACAAUGUUUUUAGUCGUAGUAUGAAACGUUAUUGAUAAAAGUAAAAUAAAUCGAAGAAAAAUCAAAACACAUCCAUUUUGUACGCAAGCACAACACCACAAGCAGCAAGCGAAGUGUCAGUCAGUCAGAUUAAAUUCAGUGUUGUCAGUAUAAAGAAAAAUAAUUACAUGAAAUUCAUAUAUCGAUUAUUUUUUUAAAUAACCGAUAAUUGAUUUAUAUCUUAAUCUUUUUUUUACGAGUACACAUAAUUUUUUAUGUUUUUAUUUUAGUUGUACAUAUUUAAAUAACAAUACUAGUAAAGUUUUUUUUAUUGCUUAGAUGGGUGGACGAGCUCACAGCCACCCUGGUGUUGCUAAGUGGUUACUCGAGCCCACAUACAUCUACAACGUCGCAAAUGCGCCACCCACCUUGAGAUAUAAGUUCUAAGGUCUCAAGUAUAGUUACAAGUUAAAGUCCAAUGGGUAUGUCUUCGAUGUUAUUUUAUGUGCAUAAAAUCCUUUAAAAUCGAUUGAUUAAUGACAAUACUUAAAAUGAUUUAUUUAUAUGUUUUAUUUAUAUACUCAAAAUAUUUACUUCAUAGUAAAAGGUUUUGAAGCUGGCAAUAUUUUUCUCGCAAAAAUAAAAAUCCUUGUUUUUUCAAUAGAGUUACUUUUUUUAAACUACUUAUUCUAAACUGUAGUGGCGCUUAUUUGUAAGAAAGUAAAUGCAUAUUUAUUAAUGACAAAAUUAAUGCACUAAGUAUUUUUUCUAUAAUCGAUUGUCCGCUUUGGGCCUAAAAUGGGCAUUCCCCUUUGAACCUUUCUCCUAAGUUUUACAACAAACAGUUACAACUAUUAAAACAUUACUUACUAAAACUCAUAUGCACUGUACACACAACAUAUUCCAAAUUUAUAGGAACAGAAGCAACAACAAAGAUGUUAUUAUUAUAACAAAAGCAUAUUUUUAAUUUCCUAACUUAUGCACACCUAUUUUAUCUCUAAAAUACUGAAAUUUAUCUCUAAGAAGAGCUUUAGUAAACAAAUCAGCAUAUUGCUCUUUUGUACAUUGUUCCAUGUGCAUGACAAUCCUGGCAUCCCAAAAAAUCUAAAAUAUAAGAGAUAUUAAUUAUAGUGAACUAUGUUUUACAAAUUAGACAAUUCAAAAUAAUUGUAGUUCUAUGUACCUAGUCAGGUCAUAAAUUGUCACAUGUUUAAUGUAAAAUAAUUGAAACAAGUUUAUUCAUUAUGUAAAUACCAAAAUGAACUUAACAAAACAUAGAUUCUUAUGACACUAAAGUUUAUUCAAAAUGACCUCCGUGAUUUUGAAUACAGGCCUUCAAUCUGCGCGGCCAGUCGUCUAUCGCAGCACGAACGAGAUCCAUGUCAAUAUCGGCGGCUGCCUUAAUCAAGGAUGUCUUGAUUGACUCCAAAUUGGGAUGAGGCUUUGAGCACGCCUUUUCCUCCAAGUGUUGCCAUAUCUUGUAAUCUAACGGAUUCAAAUCUGGACUGGAGGAGGGCCAAUCUUCGUGCCGGAUGAAGUCGAUUUCACGCGCCGCCAGCCAGUCUUGUGUGCUCUUCGCUCUAUGAGCUGGCGCCGAAUCUUGUUGGAAUACCCAGUGCCUGUUAUUGGACAUGGUAUGAGAAACAGGUUCCACAAGGUUCGUCAGGACUGUAUUUUGAUACACAGCUGCAUUCGUUUUUACACCUUUCUCACAAAAAUGUACCUCUGUUAAGUCCCAAUAAGAAACUCCCAACCAUACCAUGAGCGAGGAUGGAAAAUGACCUCGUUGGACACGCGGAAUACGGUUACUCGCUUCUUCACUACUGUGUGCGUACACCUUAUCAUUUUGUUUGUUGUAGCUCUCUUCUACGGUAAGAUUUUUUUUCCCGCGUACCACUUCAACAAAGCGCGGCAUCUCUUCAGUCUCAGGUCCAUUAGACGAGCAUUCAAACGAUGUCCUGUUUUUCUUCGAUAUGCCCGAAGCCCUAAGUCUUCAUUUAACACCCUUUUCACCGUGGUUCUGCUUAACCCCAUCUGAAGGGCCAACAGUUUCUGCUUACGUUUGGGAUUUCUUUGUUUUCGCGCCUUCACAGCUUUUAUCACUGCUGGAGUCCUAACAGACCGAGGGCGACCACUUCUUGACCUGUCAUCUACACUAGAGUCUUCAUUGUAUCGUUUGAUGGUACGAUAAACGAAUCUUUUGGUUAUAUUCAAAUUUUUCAGUAUGUUAAAAAUUUGAAUUGGCGCGUAACCGCAACGAUGCAACGCAAUAACUGCAACACGGUCUUCUUUAAGCGUCCACUCCAAUAUUUAAAAAUGAGUAAAAUUCUAAAAGUAUACAUUUUUAUUUUCAUGAACAAUUCGAAAUUCGAAUUCAAUAAACUUUUUGUGGCCAGCAUUCUAAAAGAAAAGUUUUUACUGUGUGACAAUACUUAUGACCUGACUAGUUAUUGUAAACAUUGUAAAGAUAAGAUUUUAAUUACCUUUUAUCUCACUAAAACUGUUUUUAGGCAGAUCUUUGGUAUCAACAAUGUGAAAACAGUUAAUCUGUUAUAGCCACUUUUUUUUUCCCUAUUUUAAUUUUAAUUUUAAUUUGUUCUUAACUAUUCCUAUUCUAAUUUGCGAACAUAUUUUCUAUGGACUUAUUUUACAACUAUUUUUAACAUAACUAUUUAUUUCUAACAUAUUUAUUUUUAACUAUUCUAAUGAUUAUGUCCGUCGCGAACAUCCUCCCGCCGUGCAGCGCCGUUCACGUCGCUGCAUCCUCCUUGGUGAGCGACGGACCUCGUGGGCAGCACGAUGAUUUUCUUCGCCGGGCGUCUCAGGAUACCGCCGGCGGUGCGCACGUUGACCACUCGGGUGAUGCCGUCGGCCCCCGGGUAAACCUCCUCGAUGAUCCCGCGUGGCCAAGUGUUCCGUGGGAGCGUUCCGUCCGCAAUGAUUACGACGUCGCCUAUCUUCAGGGCGUCCCCGCGGCUGUAGGGCUCCCGCCACUUCUGCAGGUUCCGCAGGUACCUCCGGAGCCAGCGACUCCAGAACACGUCUGCCAGAGGUUGAGCUGCGCGCCAGUGUGCGCGCCCCAUAAGGUCGGCGUCGUCAAACUUGCCCGGCACGGGGACUCGCGCCGGACCUCCCAGCAGGAAGUGGUUCGGUGCCAGAGGGUCGGGGUCGUCGGCGCUCACCGAUACGUGGGUGAGAGGUCGGCUGUUUACUGGGAACUCUGCCUCUGCUAGCAGAGUGUGAAAGAUUUCGGGCGUCGGGUGCCUCGGCUGUUCCGUGGCCGAGAGCGCGGCCUUUACUGCCCGCACCAUUCUUUCCCAUGCGCCGCCCAUGAAGGGCGCGCCCGGUGGGAUGAAGCGCCACUGGAUGAAUCUUGAGCUCCUCGUGCUCGGUGGCCUUGUCCAAGGCUUGGCGCAGCUCCUUGUCUGCACCCCGUAAGUUGGUGCCGUUAUCGCUCCAUAUUUCCGUUGGGGCUCCCCGGCGCGCAAUUAUGCGCCCGAGCGCCAUCACCGCUGAGUCACUGCUGAGGGUCGCUGCCGGUUCCAGAUGUCCGCACGCGUCGUGAGACACGUGAAGAUAGCCACGUAGUGCUUUUGUGUGCUUCUGGUGGUGACUUGAUAGGGCCCGAAGUAGUCGAGGCCUACGUACGUGAACGGUCGCCGAUGGUGUGCCAGUCUGCUCGGUGGGUGGUCGCCCGUGGCUUGACACGGUGGUGUGUCCUUGCGGAUACGACACGGGAGACAAUUGUGUAUCACGCUUCGUGUCACUGGGCGAAAGCGUAAGACCCAGUACGACUGUCGGCAGUAGCUUCGUUUCCGGCGUGGUGCAUCUUCCUAUGGACGAAGUCUAUUAGAAGCCUCGUUUCGUGGCGGGAUCCGUCUAGCACGAGGGGCGAGGUGAUGACGUCAGCUCCUUCGAUGUUGCCGAUGCGUCCGUUUAUUCUGAGCAUACCGUCCGUGUAUGUUACGGACAAGCUUCGCAAUCGGCUCGCUGGGGAUACUUGCUUCCCUCGUUGGAGCGCCAAAAUCUCCUCUUCGAAGGCUGCCCGCUGGCUUAGACGCCAAUGAGCAUCUCGGCGCGUCGUAGUGUGUCGGCGUCCAAGGUUCUAUAUUGAAUGACCGCGUGCUUUGGCGUCCGCGGUGUGUUCAGCGGUGUCUUCGAAGUCAUUUUCUUAAUAUUUUUCUCCCACGUCGGAUCCGAGCGCGGGUUCCGUCUGGUCCUCUUAUAAUAAGUGCGGUCACGACUCCUGCGGCAUAGGUCGACGAAUUGCACUAUUCGCCCCGUUGCACGCAGUUACUUCUCCCACUUGGAAAAGCGUCUUGGAUCCGGGAUUGCUUCGCCGAGGCUCUCUCUGCUCACGGCGAGCGCUGCGCACUUUUCUUCGCCCGUAGCUUCUGCUCUUUUUGCAGUCCGUUGUACGGGCCAAUCAUCCGGAUGCCGUCUUAGGUAUUCCGGGCCUAUGAACCAGCGGUGGUUUCCUUCAAAGCCGACGGGUAUUACCCUUGUGGCGUCGUCGGCGACAUUUUGUCUGGUGGGGACCCAGCGCCAUUCCUCCACAGUGCUGUUCUCCUCUAUCGCUGCAAUGCGGUGAGCAACGAUCGGUCGAUACGACCUCGAUCCCGUUCGUAGCGAAGUCAGCACGGUGGCGCUGUCGGUCCAGAACACUUUCGCGUCUGGUUUUCGGUCGUGUUCUUCUGUGACAGCCGCGGCCAUGCGGCUGCCCAUUACGGCGGCUGCCCAUUACGGCGGCUUGUAACUCGAGGCGCGGUAUCGAGGUGAGUUUCAGGGGCGCGACUCGGGCUUUGGUGAGUACGAGGGAGGUCCUGAUCUCCUCGUCGGGCAUUUCGGCGCGCCAGUAUAACGCGGCGGCGUAGGCGGACUCACUGGCGUCUACGUAUGUGUGGAGCUGGAGGUCGGCGGCGUCUGAGUAGCCGGGAUAGCAGCGCGGCACUGAGACUUCGCGCAGGCGUCUUAAGUGGUCGAUCCACUCUCUCCACAUCGCGCAGAGGUCUUUGUCGAGGGUGGAGUCCCACGCCGUCCCUCGGCGCCACGUUUCUUGCAGGGUUUUCUUCGCUCCGACAGUGACUGGCGAUGCGAUGCCUUGGGGAUCGUAGACGGACAUCAUUAUGCGCAGAGCCUGUCUUUUCGUAGGCGCGCUGCUCUCCAACACUUCUUUUGAGAUUCGCGCCAUGUCCAGGUUGAAGGCGAGGACGUCUUCAGCAGGUCUCCACAUCAGGCCAAGCACUCGUUCUAUUUCAGUUCCAUCGGACAGCGUCACACUUGUAGGUGGGGGUUUCGUCGGUCAUGUGGCACCGUACCUUCUCAUUGUUCGAGGUCCAUUUGCGCAAUUCAAAAUGGCCUUGCCGGUGUACUUCCCUUACCUCGUUUGCGAUCCUGAUCGCGUCUUUGCUUGUCCGGUAACUUCCAAGGUAGUCGUCCAUGUAGUGGUUACGCACGAUUGCGUCGGCGGCGUCCGGGUACUGCAGUCGGUAUUUCUCUGCGUUGGCGUUCUUCACAUAGAUGGCGGUCGCCGGCGCGACAAGCCGAAGAUUAUGGAUCCCAUCCGGUACUUUGUAGGCUCUUGUAAAGGGUCCUCCCUCCACAAGUACCGGAGCGCGUCGCGGUCCUCGCCUCGGACGCCUAUUUGCAUGAACAUCUCCACGAUGUCCGCUGAGACGGCGACGGCGUGCUGCCUGAAGCGCAUCAUUACUCCAGGCAGCGACUGCAGCAGGUCCGGGCCGGUGAGCAGGAAGUCGUUCAGACUCUUCCCUCUGGUCUUCGUGCAGCGGCAUCGUGCACGACGCCGCUGCGAAUCUUCUUCGGUUUCAUCGGAUGCGUCACGCCGAAGUGUGGCAGGUACCAGGUUCGGUCCUUCGUACCCGUCGACGAAGCUACUUCGGCGUAUCCCUUCGCUAUCAGUGCGUUCAUAUGUUGCCUGUAGCGCUCUUUCAAAUUUGGAUCCUUCUCCACGGACGUGAGGCGAUUUAAUGCUUCAAAGUUGUUGGGCAUCUUUGAGUUCUCUUCACGCCACAGCAGUACGGUCUCGUAGCGGCUGUCGGGUUGCUGUUGAGUGGUCUCUCGCAGGAUCUUCAGCGCGCGCUCGUCUGGGUCGUUCUUCGAUGUCUUGGCGGCGACGGUGAGUCCCUCGAUCGCGAAGUAGUGCCUGAGGGCUUCGUCCAUGUUCGCGUCGGCCGUCGUCGCGUGUGCCACGAAGUUGACGCGCUGUCUCUUGCCUCCCGGAUGUGCUCCGUGCACGACCCACCCGAGCGGAGUACGAGACGCCACUGGUUGAUCGCGUCGUCCCGUCCGCAUCUCCUCCGUCACCAGCAGGUGCCAGUUGUCUUGGCCGAUCAGUAUCUUCGGCGAGGCGUAGCUCGUUUUGAAGUGAUGGCGGAGGUCGGUGAGGUGAUGGCACGACGCGAGGACUUCGUUGUUCAGUCGCUGUGGUGUCAACUUCAAGCCGUUGACUGUCCGUAGGUGUAAUUCUUGCGGUUCCCCCGUGCGUCCGCAUAACUUCAGCGGGACGCGUCGUGAGCGUGUUGCGUCUAUUGUUGUCCCCGAUGGCAGUGAUGAAGAGGUUCGACCGGUCCUUUUGCGCCGACUCGUCUCGCGAAGUCAUCGUCGAUCAACGAGAUGGUUGACCCGUCAUCCAACAGAGCCCACGUAUCCGCUUCUCCCGCCGGUCCGAUGACAGUGAUUGGCCCCAUCUUGAGUUAGGCUGUCGCUGCUGUCUCAGACCGUGUGAGCACCAUUUCUUCUAUCUUAAAUUUUCUUUGGUCUUCCCCAAACGAAUCCGGCUCUCGAAGGACCAAUAUUCCGGACGGCCACCGCUCAGGUUUCGGCCACCACGUGUGAUUUUUAGACUUCUUACGUUGAAACGUGGCAGCUCGAGUAUUGCCGCAGUGGAUGUCGCAGAACGGGUGCUGGGGGAAAAUAACGAAGGCUCAGUAUGGCGUUCACACGGUCCUCGUGGCUUGACCGGCGCAGGGCGUAGGCGCGAGUCUCUUCUUGUUUGUUCUUCUCUCGGAGAGGUCUUGACUCGUCGGCUCGCUGUCUCCAACUGAAUUUUGCAGCGAGGUAGGCCCUCUAUUUAUGGCAACCCACGCGCGCUCGUCUAGUACUGUGAUAAAUUCGAGACGCGGUGGGUGUCUAUUGUUCUCUUGGCCGCCUCGCUCGCUCUAUUGUUUGCCCAGUCGCUCUAUUAGUGCUCGCUCUAUUGUGUAAGGUUUAUGAUUAUUUAUAUUAAUAUGAUUAUAUAAAGUCCUAUAGAUAUUAAGAAUUAUUAUUAAAUAUGAGGUUUGUAUUGCAAAACAUUUAAAUAUUAUUGUUUAUUAGUUGCUCAAUUGACUGCUUUUAAAGUCACGUGACUAAGCCACGUGACCAGUCAAGAGGGGAUAGCCGGCUGAGACAUAUUUAAAAGAGAAUGCAGGCGGUCAGAGCACAGGGCGCCAAAUCGUCGGUGCGCCCAGUCACGGCCGGAGUUCCCCAGGGAAGCGUCCUGGCUCGUCCUCUACGCUCUGUUUACCAAUGACAUUCCCACGCUCGAGGGCAACCUCCAAGCGUGGGAAGCCGAUGUGAAGUUGGCGCUGUUUGCCGACGACAGCGCCUACUUCGCGUCAUCGAACUUCCCCUCAGCGGUCAUCUCGAGGAUGCAGAGGUUGUUGGACUUGCUACCCCAGUGGCUGGACCGAUGGAGGGUCGCGGUCAACGUGGGGAAGACCGCGGCAAUUCUUUUCGGUCCGGUCCGUACAAGUCGUCCCGGGACAGCUCAGUCUCCGUGGAUUCAAUGUCGAGUUUGGAUCCCGCGUCCGGUAUCUGGGGGUCAAUAUCGACCGGAGUUUGAGGAUGACCGCCCACGCCAUGUCGGCGUUGGCGGCCGCUCGCAAUGCGAGGUAUCUCCUCCGGCCGGUUUUGUCCUCCAGACUUCCGGUCAGGACCAAGCUCGGCAUUUACAAGACAUAUGUCCGUUCCCGUAUCACGUACGCAGCUGCGGCCUGGUAUCACCUUAUCCUACAGAGUAUGCGGGAGGGGUUGCAGGCCCAGCAAAAUCUGGCUCUUCGCGCGAUACUAGGAGCAGGCCGUUACGUCAGUAAUGCCGUAAUCGCCCGGGAUCUGGAUGUGGAGUCGCUCGAGGAGUUCAUCCGGAGGCUAGCUCGUAAUCUUUACGAGCGGGCUGACGGUGGACCCCACGAGCACCUCCGCAAUUUAGCUCCCUUGCACGCCAGACCACCUGAUGGUCGGGCGCUACCAAGGGAGCUACUGGAACCCCCUGCUAUGGCAAGAUAGUCGGCUUAACCGGAGUGAUAUGGGAGUGCUCAUAAUGAGUGCCCCCAUGAGGACUAAGCUGUCCACACUCAUCAUUCCCCCCACAUUGUUGGGUGCUCCCUAAUGGGGACCCUUUCUACCACCCCCGUGGGUGCCCCCCCCCGUCAGGGGAGUGGUUCUUUCAUGUCGGUCCUCCCCGCUUUAGUCUUCCCCUUAUGGGGAGAUUCUGCGGGUGAGCGUCAAACCAGUGCCGCGGCUCCCCCUCUGUUUUGUAGAGGAGGGGCCGCGGCAUGGGACCGGUGGCGGGCCCCGGAUUAGUUGCUGACUGUUGUCCAGGCUUGUAAAUAAUGUAUAGUUAGUUUUAGUUAGUUAGUAGUUAGUGUAGUUAGAUUGUAAGGUAGAUUGUAAGGAAAAAAAAAACGAAGCAGAGGACAGCAGCCGGCGCCGGGGUGCGUCGUCCACGGGCAUCGCUCCUCCUGCAACAUCAAGCCCAUCGUAUUACAUAUAUGUAUAUAUUUUUUGUCGAUGUGAUUGUGCCGAGCACGCUGCGAACAGCCCCCCCUCCCCCUAAUCCCGUCUUGCAUCCAUUCCACCCCUGCCCUGUGUGGCAGGGAGCUUCGUUCCGGGCAAUGGGGUCUACCCCGAGGCCCGUUUCGUGCCCCCGCAAGGGAGCACGACGACCCCGAGUAGUAGUCAGAGCACAGCAUUCAUUGAUUUCAUUUUCGAUUCAGGUUUCACCAGUGCUCUGAGGAACAUUACCGUAGUCGUGCUGUGCGGAAAAGUGCAUCCCAGUGCCAGUGUGAUUGAUCCAGUUCGUUGUCCCGGUGCGGAGACGUGCCGGCCAACAAGAACAAGGACCCGGGAACAGGUAAGUGGAUCGACACUUCUUUCUUUAAACACCAGUUUAAUACGGGUAGGUGUCGACCAGCCUGUGAAAGCUGCGUCGCCGUUUUAUUUGAAUAUAAAAUCGGCGAACGUUAGCGCUACUGAGUCUGGCCUCCCUGUGUCACUCCCAGUCCUCUCCUACUCUUCGGGGUUAGGCGGGGCGGUCGCUAAGCCCGGUUAAUUGGUCUAGACAUAAGGUUGAUGGCGCCGGAACCCCUGUAAUACCAGUUUUAGUAAAUUUAGUGAAAUUUAGAAUAGCUUAGAUUAGCCUCAUUAUUAUUUCAUACAUUUAGAUUAAAUUAACUUAGACCUUGUAAAAUAGUAUUGUGUAAUAAGUGGCGCUGCUGUAGCUAGUUUUAGCUUUAUUGAAUUUUUUUUUCUUCUUUUUUUCACAACUACCCACAUUUAUUAAAACUUUUUUAAGCAUUUCAAUUUUACGUAGAAUUGAAUUCUGGUAUACCGGCCGACUUUAUUAAGUAGUCACUUAUUAGAUUUAGUUAAUUUUACUUACUUAGUUCCUCGUUAUUUGUAGUUUUAGUGGGGUGCUGGUAGGGUGUUCCCGCUAUCACCUUUGUUUAUAGGUUUUACAAGUGUUAUUUGUUUAGGUUGUAGUUUAUGUUAUUUAGCAUUAUUUACUUUAAUUAUUUGGUUGACUGGGUUGCUUCACCUGGGUUGCUUCACGGGUGUGGCUGACUGGAAAGGUGGGAUUUUACGGUACCGGAAUUUUUUCGGAACCGUCAAAUCUGUGGCCUCCGGUCUGUCGAUAUACGCUGGAGUAGUCCAUGUUAACCGGGUAUAGGAAUAGGUAUACUUAUAUAUAUAUUUACACACUCUUCGGACUAGGUCUCCAUUCAAUCCUACAAUCUACCCCCAACGACAGCGUUCUGGUCUGUGCGUCCGGCAGACCCGAUCGAGCGUGCAGCGAUGCGUCCUGGAAGGCGAUGCUCGACUUCUGCGAGUCCACCAUCUCGCAGAAGGAGGCGGCGGAGCGAGAGAGGGAGAGCUCUUCCCAUUCCGCACCGAUCCGUCGCCGUCGAGCCGGAGGCUGGAGGCGGGAAUACGCCCGUACGUCCCGGCCCCUGUAGGUAGCGGCCUCCCCCCGGUGAAGGUCAAGGGGCGACCUGAGGGAGUGAGGCCGCGCGGCGCGCUACCAGCACUCUAGCGCGCUGCCGUGGAGUGAAUAGAGCGACCGGUCGACGGUGUAUCGCGUCCUGACCCGACAGGCUGGUUCUGGUCCAGCGGGGUAUUCCGGGACACCAGCGGCACCGUCUGGGCGGCCCGACGGGCUGCCGUACCGAGACGGCCGACGUUUCAGAGCCUUCGAUUCGCCUGGAAGGCUCCGUCGGCUGGGCGUCCUUGGGGUGAGCCGCGCCGUCUGGUUGUAGUGUUGACCGCGGUAGCCCCCCUACCUCAUCCGGGUUCUGACCUCGGAGGGGAUCGGACGUCGGGUGUAAGAGUGCAGGGGAGUCGUUUAGUGGGUGGGUCCUAAAAUCCUUGGGCCCGCGGUCUGCUCACAACACCAUGCAGACCGUUGAGUCUCACAUACCCCGCGCGCCCCUUUUGCGCGGGGACCUCGCAGGAGGUUCGGCCCUCUACCCGAAAAAAAAAAAAGGGGUAACCUCUUGUAUUCGUUGUACGUUUUUAGUUUUUUUUUACCACACUAAACACAUUUGCGAGUAUUGACUGCGUAUCCGUGGAGUGGUGGUCGGGUUGGAGGGCAGAUCUAUUGGGUUCCAAAAUAGACAUAGGCGUGACCCAAUAAGGGUCGGCUCCGGGAGCCGGCAGGCUGAGGGGUCCCCAUCCGGACCGGGUCUGGCACCGACUUUGGCAAUCGCCUCCCCACGAAAACCCCCCUCCCUCCUCCCCCUCAUCAAAAUGAUGAAAAGGUGCAAAGCCCCUGACGAGGACGGUAUAACUCCCCCUGCACUUACUAAUCUCCCUCACUCAAUCGUGUCAGCAAUGACACGGAGGGUCGUUCCUUCUUUGUCGCGGUCGAGAACGCACGGUCCUCCGUGCGUGCAAUAUCGGCCGGGGUCCCACAGGGUAGUGUUCUAUCUCCUAUCCUCUACGCCCUCUAUACGAACGAUAUUCCCACGCUGAAGGACAACCUUCGAGCGUGGGAGGAGGACGUGAUGUUGGCACUGUUCGCUGACGACUCUGUCUACUUCGCGUCCUCCCCGUUCCCAUCUGCAGCCAUAAUGAGGAUGCAGAGGCUUCUGGACUUACUGCCCCAGUGGCUGGACCGUUGGAAAGUCGCGGUCAACGUGGGUAAGACUGCGGCGCUCCUCCACGGUCCGCUCCGUAUCAGAGUCGUCCCCAAGAAGUUCAAUCUCCGAGGUGUGAAUAUCGAGUUUAAGCCGAAGGUCCGGUAUCUCGGGUGCGACAUCGACCGCUCACUGAGCAUGGCGGCGCACGCCAGCCGAAUGAUCGGUUCGGCGAGCGCGGCCAGGUUCAUGCUGCGGCCGGUGCUGGCGUUCGGGCUUCCGACCAGGAUUAAGCUCGCUAUUUACAAGACAUAUGUCCGCUCCCGCCUCACAUACGCUGCUGCGGCCUGGUACCAAAUACUGUCGCCGUCCCAGCGAUCUAGGUUACAGGCCCAGCAGAAUCUUUCCCUCCGUAAUAUCGUCGGGGCCGGGCGGUACGUCAGAAAUUACGUUAUCGCCCGGGACCUAGAUGUGGAGUCGCUCAUGGAGUUUGUAAUUAGGCUCGCACGUAACAUGUACGAGCGAGCUGCAGCCCCCAUGAGCACCUCCGCAAUAUAGCCCCGCUGCACGCCAGACCACCUGAUGGUAAGGCCCUGCCGCGGGAACUAUUGGUACCCCCGACGAUCGUUCGGAUUUAAAGAUCCUCAUCGGCUGUGAGGCCGGAGAGGACCUAUGAGUGUCCCCGUCGUGAUGGGUUUCACCUGUGACCCCACAACCGUUUACCGGUCUGGCGGGUUCCCCUUCAGGGGCCUGCACUAACGCUCCCCGGUAAGAGCGCAAGCCCGCCCCUUCACGUAAAGGAGGGUGCUUAUUACAGCCCCACCAAGGGGCCUGACGCCGAGCUGCAGCCCUCUUCCCCCGCCUCCGUGGAUUGUGCGGAAUUGUGGAGGAGAGGGCUCCAUCGAGGCGAAAAGUCAAGUGGUCUACCCCCACCGUUGGGGUGGAGCCCCCUCCUCUUUCCCGGGGGCUGUCUUUUUUUCUCUCGCCUGGGGGCCGGAAUGCGGUCUCCCCACCCAGCAAGUCCAAGUGCGACGCCGUCGACGUUGGGAGCCGGAUUGGGCCUCCGCCGCAAUUUUUGCCGCGGGGACUCAACUGGAUUGAUCGGCCUUCCUCCUAUCCUAUGCAUGUUAUUAUCUAAUUCAAUCUCAAAGCAAUUGUUUUGACAAUUGCUCUUCGAUGAUUGUUGUAAUGAAUUUUCGCUUGCUCCUUUUAUUGUUUUUGUUGUGUUUGUAUUUGUUUUUGUGUUGUUAAUAUUUCUAAAGUUUAGGUCAUUGUUAUUGCCAUAUUGGCCUGUGAGUGUCCUGGAAGGCUGACCUCGCAUCGCCGGCGGCGUCGCAAAUCCAUCUCCCCCUUCCGUAGCCGUUAAGACCAACAGUGUGAAAUAUACAAAAAUAAUAAAAGGUAAAAAAAAAAAACCCUCAUUACUGCGGGACCCAAAAUUUUUGGGUAACCAGGAAUGAAACGGAGAAAAAACAACCUCACGGGGGACUGCGGACGGUCGGCGACGGCGGGCGGAGCGGCAGCGGCUGGGGAAGAAGAGGAAGAAAAGGGAAGAACGAAGAUAACAUCUGGGGGGGCGUCCAUCCCUCCCCUACUUCAUGGGGGUAGACCCGCCCCAUCAUCAUCAUCAGCAUUAUCAUUAUCAUCAUCAUCACUCCUACAUUAACAAAAAAAAAAAAAAGGACUACCUAUCGAACAUACCAUCACCUCAUUAUAUUACUUCAUUACCUUUAAAAAACGGCCAACAGGCAAAAACAUCACCCCUGCCUCGUUAGGCAGGGAGACCAAGCCCGGGUAGAGGGGAUUGCCCCGAGGCCCGAUCCGUGCCUCCGCAAGGGGACACGAUGACCCAACGACGUCAGAGCACAGUAGUUGAAUAAGACGCAUCAAUGUAAAAUUGGUAGAUUAAAUCAGAGUGUGAAUAAAGUUAGUCUGUGUAAUUUAUAUGUCUGACACCCAAAAUGUCAGAAGCGGGAUAAAUAAGGCUCUAGAAAACUACCCUUACUACGCCCACGGCUCGGUAAAACGUAAGUUUAAUUAUUUACAUGUGAUUCAGUGAUCUUGCUGAAGGACAAGAGAGAAUGCAAUGUUGCUGACGAGGAUGUCGAAGACAGAGCGAAGUGGAGGAGUAAAGUCAGGAAAGCUGACCCCACCACCAUGUGGGAUAAAUAGCUGGGAAGAGAGAGAGAGAGUGAUUCAGUGAUAUUGAAAAUUCUGGUGGUUGUGAUUUUUUUUUAUACUUAUAUGAAUUUUCUUUGUCUUGCUCCUCUUCAUAUUACAAUCUGCGCUGAAGUAAUUUUUUUUAUGAUUGCCUUGUAACCGUUCAGUGUGAGCGCACCGAACAAUCGACCACGUAAUGAUCACAUGUGCGAUUGGGUUGAAUAAACUAUAAAUGACGAUUAUAACUUUGACUUAAUAUUUAGUAAAUCUAUUAGCCAGUACCAGUUUUAUAUUUCACGUUAUUUGAAAUAGUAUUUGUUACACGUAAUUAAACUUAAAACAACAAAUUCAUUCUACCCACCUACCGUUUUAUUUGCAUGGUGACGAAAAAGUUAACGGUUUUAUCCGUUCUAUUAGAAUCUAACGACACUCGUUAUUACAUUACAUAAAUGUAUUAGAAUGCGUCAGGUCUUUGGAAAUACAUGAUUUUCGAUGAAUGCACAUACAUAAUAAUUUCUUUUUUGUUCCCCGUUCCACGAGAAGAGUAUUUAUACAAUUUCCUCUUCUAGCUUUUCGGAAUGUACCCGAUAUUAUGCCAUUCAUAUAUGCCAAUAACCCUAUUCUACUUUUUGCAAUUAUUAAUCCCGGUUAAAGCAGUUUAUAAUUAUCAUCAUUCUAAGCUCCACAAUGUGAGUUUCAGUUACGCUCAUCAUCUGUGACAUGGAGGACGACACUAGCCGAGGGGAAGGGUCUAAGUGCUCGGCUAGUAUGAGGAAGUGGCUUAAUCAUAAAAGGAGCUCAUGUGCUUAGUCGAGGGGAAGGACUAACACAUAGGGAAUAAUCAAGUAGCAUCCGAGGCUAAGGAUGUAGGUCACAUGUGCUUAGUCGAGGGGAAGGACUAACACAUGAGAGUGACCAAGGAGCAUCCGAGGCUGAGGGUGUAGGUCAACAGGAAGGGAUUAGGAGGAUGAGCUCGAGGAUAGAGCAAGGAGCAUCCGAGGUUAGGAUGUAGGGUCCAUGUGCUUAGUCGAGGGGAAGGACUAACGCAUGGGAGUGAUCAAGGAGCAUCCGAGGCUGAGGAUGUAGGUCACAUGUGCUUAGCCGAAGGGUCGAAGGGAUGGACUAACACAUGGGAGUGACCAAGGAACAUCCGAGGCUGAGGGUGUAGUAGGUCAACAGGAAAGAAUAAGAGGAUGAGCUCGAGGAUAGAGCAAGGAGCAUCAGAGGUUGAGGGUGUAGGCCAACAGAAAAGGAUGAAAACGACAAGGACAGGACAGAGGAGACGGCGUGCGUCUUCCUCUUCAGGAUCUAAUAUGGGGUCACCGCAGCUUAAGCGUGGUAAGGAGGACGAUUGUUCGGAUCAAAUGUAUUAUUAGAUAAAUUAUUUACCUCGACUGAGUGGAAACAAAAACUUAUAGAAUCUUUUCUCCAAAGCGAGGACUAUGCUGAGUUACUGCAUAAUAUGUUGGCAAAAAUGGUUAAAUACGGUGAGUCGCUAGAACACUACUAUUAUGCAAAAAUAAACUUGUUAGAUCAUUGCAAAAUUUAUGGCAAGGAAGCGGUAGACUGUUUACUGUAUGGGGCUAAAGAUCGUGCCGUUAAAAUCGGUGCUGCAACCUGAGCUAGUACUCAAAUACUUUAGGACCGUGAAGGUAGGCAAAGUUCGUAGGCAAAAAAAAAAACAAAUCAGUCCGGCACAAGCGGAACGAAAUAGGUCACCCUAGCUUUAAAUGUGCAAAACCUUUCAUGAAGUGUACAACCUGCAGGAGGAUUGAUCUCAGGUGAUUAACUAAAAUAAAACUCCGUUUAAUAAAGACGAUAGUGAGGCCUAAGAUACUCGUUCUUGUACAUUAUUUUUAUCUAACUGUCGAUGAUCGCGCUAAUGAUAAAUAUAACUGGGUAUAAAGAUUAACAACUCAGGGGUCAAGUGACAUGUAGAUUUUGGGAGUCCUUGCUCAUUAAUGAGACAUAGUACCACUAAGGAUUUGAACCUGAAUUUUUAUGUGAGUGAAGGUAUGCCGGUAUUAAAAAGAAUAGGAGGAAAUGAUAUUGCCCUUUUGUUGUAGCUACUGUGAAUGUAGAUGUUCAAGGAUUAAAAAAAAAAAAUUGGAAUAUAUAGUGAAAGAUUAUCUACAUUACUCGGACAUUCCUUUACAAAGAAGCCUGAUAUUAAAAUGACUAAGACUCCGACUGAGAUUGUAGUUGAAAGACUCACGUGUAAUUAAGACUCGUAGUGGAAAAUGACACUAAAAUAGAUGGUAACGUUGUACGUCCCAUCAUUGAUGCUAAUAGGCAGGGAACACAGCCGAGGACAGGCAGGAAUAGCGCAAGAUACAGGAGAAAGUUGAUAGAGGAGGCCAUGACCCUCAGCGCUGAGGAUUAUCGACGCAGCACUGAGGAUUAUCGACGCAAGGAGGGGGAUGAGCAGGAAAACGAUAGCAUCUACGUCCAUGGCUCGUUAAUAUUUUUCCGGGGGACUGGAUGAAGGGAUCGAUUGCAGUCCUGAGCUGGCAAAACAGCAACGUGAGGAGCUGCAAGGGUUAUUGCUUCAGUAUAGCGAUUGCUUCUCAAGUGGGCUCAGGGACAUUUAUUGGUGGCCCAUGAGGGGAAAGAACUAGCACGAUCCAGUUCUACGAACAAUCCAGCUAAGUCAAGCUAAGUGAAAACUAUAUAAUAAAUCAGAAAAUCAGUAUAUUCAGUCAAUAAUAGUCAAGAUAAUUAUUCGACGUGUUCGGCACGGCAACAUCGCAUCGCGGCGCCCUCAAGAACGAAGCGGUCAAACCGGCAUGCGGCCGGCGCCCGGCUCAAGUCACCGACGCAUCGGCGCAAGUACGUCAGUGAAUCAGUGUUAUACGUAAUACGUAACGUAGUUAAUAAUUUUUCUAAUUAUAAUAUCAGUAAUUUAUCGUGUACUUUGUAAUUCAGUUUAGGUACACUGUAGUGCAUUUGUCAGUUAACGAUAGAAUAGUUAGUUAGUGUAAGUCAGUAAAUAAUAAGUCAUAUCAAUACAUAAUAUUAUUCAUUAUUACUAGAUCAGAUGUCUUCUAAGGGGCUAUUGAAGGCUAAGGCUCAGUUUCAGUCGCGUUACGCGAUAUUGACUAACGCGUUUAAAUCAGUUCAAGAUGUCAACCCUUCAUCAGCCACAGCCGCUGCCCAGCGGCAGUUCAGUACGUACUUCCCUCACAUGUUGGAGUGUUACGAGGUAAUUAUUACCAACAAAGCGGAGUUCGACGAGCCCGAGUUUGCGGCGGAGCUGGAGGCUAUUCAAACUCAGUUCAGCGAGGUGAGUGCAACGUCACUUAAAAUAGACGAAUUAAUGCUUUCACCAGCCUCACCGACGCGUUUACCCGUUUCAGACCAGCUGAAGGUCCAGCUGCAGGUCCAGCUGCCAGCCAUUAAGUUGCCUGAGUUCAGUGGCCAUAGCCUAGAAUGGCUUAAUUUCAGAGACUUGUUUCAGUCGUUGGUGGACAGUCAGCCAACAUUAUCAGAAUCAGAGAAACAUUAUUACCUCCGGACCUCACUCCGAGGUGAGGCGUUGAUGGUAAUUGGUCAUCUGCCCAUGGACGGCAGCAAUUAUCAGGGUGUCUGGUAAUUACUUAAGGCCAGGAAUGACAACUCACGGGUGCUCACAGAUCACUCUUAUUAUGUCCCAUUGCUAGAUUUUUAUGAGAAUUUAGGAAUUCCCACAAAACUUCCAAUUGUUCAUAAGAAACUCUUCGGGUUACAGACAUUGUUACGAAUUUUGAAACGUAUUUUAAGACGGUCACAAAGCGAAUGGUUUAUGCAAUGAGCGACGAAUGUUCCUCCUAUAGUAUUCAUAAUUAGGUACUACAAAAAACUUUCAACUUAGAUUAAAGUCCCCAUAAAUCAAUUUCAUUAAUACUUAAUAACAAUUCAAUUAUUCAUAAGUGGUAAGAGUGUACAGAAAAGGUUGUGAAUAUGUCAAAACUUUUUUGUUUCGUGUUAUAAAGUAGGUAGGUAUUAGUGAAGUUGCAAUAUCAUUAAAUCAUGUCAAGCAAAACUAUGUUCUUAAAAGUUAACAUUGUGAUAAGAUAAAAGUAUUGUAAAUAGCAUUUUUGUUAUUUUCGUAUAAAACGGAAAAACCGAUAAACUUUAAAAAUAUUUUAAUUUCGGAACGAACUUUUGUUUACAACUUUAUCAAACGGGGCAGAAACAAUGAAGCAGAGUCAGCUAAAUGUCGUCAGGCAAAGUGACUUCAUGGUACGGCAAAGUGACUUCAUGGUACGAAUUGAAAACCUGUCAGGUUCGACAAAAAGUUGAACUGCCUGGAACUUGGCAGAUUUCUAUAAAGUUCAUGGUUGGGCCCCUGGCCUACUACCUCCAAGUGCUUACUGUGUACUAGCGACUCCAGUGUAGCUCUACCAUGUAGGAAAUUUAUAAAUAUUUUAAUAAUAAUAUACCUGUAAUAAAUUGGGAGAAGGAAAUAAAUCCAGAGAUUUUAGAUUAAUUUAACUAAAUAAAUAUUUAGCCAAAAUUGUUGGGCUUAGCUCUAUAGGGUGAGACUAUAAUUAUGUUCAUGUUCUACCUGAGUCAAAUAGACAGAUAUAUGUGGCCAUCCGCGCAAAAGCGACCUAAACUUAUCAUAGUGAGUAUGGAGAUAAUGAGAUUUGAAUUUAUGUUUACACUGCUUCGUAAGCAGAAACAAUACGCGUAAAAAUUAUGUUUACAAAGGCAUCUGUUAUGGAUGGGUGGAACUAGGGAUAGGCCAGUUUUGCAUCAAAUUUUAUUAAGUUUUAAGUAAAUUGCAAUAUAUAAGCACGAAUAUGAAAAACUGUAGGUAAAGCCACUUUUGCGCUGGCAGCCUCAUAUAUAGUCACACUUUUUUUACAUAGAGGUAGGCAGUACGGUUCUGACACAUAUCUAGGCGAUAUAUUAAAAGUUUACAGUUUUCUCCAUCCACUUAUUGGAUUUAUUACCUUCUUCAAAUUUGUGAUUCAAUUAUUUUUGUAUAUUUUCCAGGAACCAUCAACAAGCAAAGGUUUUGGAAGGACUUGGAUGUGAAAAAGUUCACUGAACUUACACCUAAAAAGCAAAAGCUGUAUAAGAGAAGCAGAAAAAUCUAUCUGAAAUAAGGAGGCUCCGAAGAAAGUUUAAAGAUAUAAGUUCGCAUUUAACAUACCUACUCGUAUGUAUGAUCACUCUGCUAGCCGAUAUGGUAGUAUAUUGGGACGUUGACAAAUCCUAACAUAUUUUUAUUUAAAUCAGUGUUACAUUAAUAAUGUCAGGUGGCCCUGGCCUGUUACACAUUUCAUAAUCACUGAGAAGCGUUUCAGAUGUCAGCGAAAAAUUAGCAACAGUAUAAAACUGCAGCAUUUUAUUCUUGCGAUGAGUCAAAGCGAUUACUGCAGUGCUCCAUUUUUUGGUUUUCUUUUUGUAUGCAUUCUACUUAUGAUCAUUUUCCCGAAGACGAGUGCGAGGUUUGUUUGGGAGGAAAUAAUUAAUGGUUAUUGAAGAAAGUAUUAUUUCGUUUGAUAGAGAAUAGCGCUUACCGCAGUAGAAAAAGUGAAGGGAUAUCGCCAAAAAAGCAAAAUCCUGAAAAAUAAUCCUGUAGGUGUAAGUAAAAAUAUAAAAUAAUCAACGACUACUAAGUUGGGUCUCGUAAUAUAAGUUAUGUGAUCUCAAAUUGAUAAUGUUAUGUUUUUAAUACUUUUAUGUGUAUAACAAAAGGUUCAAUAAAUCUUAAAGAUUAAUAA